ACGAAGUACAGUGCAUCGCUAUAAUUCAUUAAUACAUCAUAAAUCGUGAAGCACAGGGUUAUAACGACCACGAUCCACAAAUCAAGCCCUCCAAAAUCACCCAAAUGAGCUCGUACUUUGUAAACUCCUUCUCGGGGCGUUAUCCAAAUGGCCCGGACUAUCAGUUGCUAAAUUAUGGCAGUGGCAGCUCUCUGAGCGGCUCUUACAGGGAUCCCGCUGCCAUGCACACCGGCUCUUACGGCUACAAUUACAAUGGCAUGGACCUCAGCGUCAACCGCUCCUCGGCCUCCUCCAGCCACUUUGGGGCGGUGGGCGAGGGCUCGCGCGCCUUCCCCGCGCCCGCGCAGGAGCCCCGCUUCAGGCAGGCGGCGUCGAGCUGCUCCCUGUCCUCGCCCGAGUCCCUGCCCUGCACCAACGGCGACAGCCACGGCGCCAAGCCCUCUGCUUCGUCCCCCUCCGACCAGGCGGCCCCGGCCAGCUCCAGCGCCAAUUUCACCGAAAUAGACGAGGCCAGCGCGUCCUCGGAGCCCGAGGAAGCGGCGAGCCAGCUCGGCAGCCCCAGCCUGGCUCGGGCGCAGCCAGAGCCCAUGGCCACCUCCACAGCCGCGCCCGAGGGGCAGACUCCGCAGAUAUUCCCCUGGAUGAGGAAGCUUCACAUCAGCCAUGAUAUGACCGGGCCGGACGGGAAGAGGGCCCGGACCGCGUACACGCGCUACCAGACGCUGGAGCUGGAGAAGGAGUUCCACUUCAACCGCUACCUGACGCGGCGAAGGCGCAUCGAGAUCGCCCACGCGCUCUGCCUGUCCGAGCGCCAGAUCAAGAUCUGGUUCCAGAACCGGCGCAUGAAGUGGAAGAAAGACAACAAACUGAAAAGUAUGAGCCUGGCCACAGCCGGCAGCGCCUUCCAGCCCUGAGCCGGCCCGGAGGGGCGCCCCGCCACCCCCAGCCCCGUUCCGGCCACUCCUCCCCUGCGCUGCCGCCGCCGCCGGCUGGGGACCGCUUCCCACGAGCCUGCCUCGCCCUGGCCUUGUGUGACAGUUUUUCGUUCCGUCUUAGCUCGUCCUGUGACUCCCUCUCUCUCCUGGACUGGUUAUCUUGUUAUUAUUGUUAAUAAUAAUAUUAUUUUCCCCUCCAUGCCCCCCAGUCCCCUUGGCUCGCCCCAACCCGCUCGUUCCUCUGUCUGGUCUGUGGUGACAACUCCUUCCCCCCAUCCCCACCUCCCUGGAAAAAAAAAAAAGAAGAGAAAGAAAUUCGCAUGUGUAAUGUGAACUUUCCCCUCUCCCCGUCUGUGUUCUAACUUAUUUAUAAAAGGAUGAUGGCUGUAUUUGAGUUUCAUCUCGAAACUUCUCUAAGGGGCUGCAGUUGAAGCGGGGGUAGGGUCACAGCAGCGCCGGGGCCCAGCUGAGCUGGCCUCUGACAUGGAGUCCAUGAUUGUGUGUGUUCCCAUCCUCCUCUUCCUCCUCCCUCCCUCCCUCCCCACUCCCCAGGCCCCAGGCCCCAGGCUCCCAACAGCUUGGUCCUUGGGUGGGCAGGGGCCAGGGAGAACCUAAGGGGUGCUGUGGAGAAGACAGUAGGAAAAUAGAGAUUGCCGCCUGGGUAGGCCCCACAAGGCCUGCUCUGGGAGUGUACAGGAACAGGACUAAUCCUCGGUGUGAAAUGUCUCUGUGAAUGCGUGGGUCUGGCAGGAGGGCCCAGAGCGUACAAAUAUGGGGCUAGUCUGGGUCAGACGCAUCUGCAUCUCUUCCUCUCUGCCCAUUUCGCUUCCAAGACCCCGUCUGGGGAGCGGGUGGUUGCUGUAGUCCGUGUGAAAUCUGCCUUUGCUGGCCCGUCUCAGUGAUUUGUUUUUGGUAUUUGUUUGUAGCUUUCCUGGAAGUUGAAUAAAUGUU